UAAUUUUUUUUUGAGAUCACGCUUUGAUCUUAAUAAUUGCUAAUUCUAUGGCAUCCUUAAAAAUUGAACUUAGUGCUGACACGUGUUUAUACAUAUUUAAAUAAAAAACUAUUAUAUUUAUAAUAUUUAAUAUUAAAAGUAAUUUUUUGAAAAUGAUCGUCGACGACAUUAAUGAAUGUGUAUUAAAAUUAAUAAAAGAUAUUCAUUACGGAGAUAUCAAAGGAGCUUACAAUAUUGUUAGUGCUACUGUUUCUGUUCUGAAAGAUAUUAUCAGUCAUUCAAAAUGGGAUACUGCAAAAAAUCUAAUGGAUAUUAUUACAAAGAAUGGAAAAUAUUUGAUCGAAUCAGUUCCACUUGAAGCUUCAAUCGGAAAUAUGGUAAGACGUAUAUUACUGAUAAUUAGGGAAGAAUAUAGAUCAGAGCUUAAAAAUAGAACAGAAGAAACGGAUCCUCAGGAAUCAUUACAUAAAAUUCUUACGGCUGAGCGUGAUCAAGACACUAAUUAUGAUAUUUUAGUGCUUUCUCUUAAAUCAGCUCUUAUCGAACAUAUAAAUGAAUUUGAGGUGGAACUAGAAACAUGUUCAGAAAAUAUUACACACCAAGCUUCAGAACACAUUCAUUCCAAUGAGAUUAUAAUGACUAUUGGCAAAUCAAAUUUAGUUGAAAAGUUCUUUGAGAAAGCUGCUACAACAAGAGCUUUUGAAGUUAUAGUGGCUGAAGGAGGUCCAUCUUUAAGUGGUCAUGAAAUGGCAGUUAACCUUGCAAAAGCUAAAAUUAAAACUACUUUAAUAUCAGAUGUAGCAAUUUUUGCAAUGAUGUCACGUGUAAAUAAAGUAAUCAUUGGUACUCAUACUGUCAUGGCUAAUGGAGGAUUAAGGGCAAUUUCUGGUUCGCAUACAGUUGCACAGGCUGCAAAGCAUUAUUCUGUACCUGUAAUGGUGUUACUACCUUUAUAUAAACUUUCACCACUUUAUUUAUGCUCACAUGAACAGGAUGGAUUUAAUCAACAUAUUUCUCCUACGCAAGGUGUAUUAGGUGGUGCUAAUGAACCUCUCAUGGAAAGAAUUCAUGCUUAUAAUCCGAUGUUUGAUUAUGUACCUCCUGAUCUUGUCACAUUAUUUAUCUCCAAUACAGGUGGAAAUGCACCAUCAUAUAUUUAUAGAUUACUUAGUGAGCUUUAUCACCCAGAUGAUUAUGAACUAUAACUUUACAGUAAUUUAGAAUAUUAUAAUAACAAGAAUGAGUUAAAUUACUCGUGAAUCAUUAAGGCAAUUUUUACAGAAAUGUUAAAUCUAAAAUUUAUAUAAAACGCAUAAGAGAGAUUCUUUUAUAAAAGUGAUUAUAAAACGCAUUGUCCUAAAUAGAGGAUUUUUAUAUAGAUAUAAUCUGCCUUUGUACUAAUGUAAACAAUUUUAAUUUUAUCAAAAGAUACUGAAACGGAUAUGCAGUAGAAUAUAUCCUAAAACGAUGUAUUUAUAUUACAAUGAUAUAAAAUUUUUUAACAAUCCA